AACUGCUCUUUGCCACGUUCCCACACUCUCCGUUAAUCUCCGGUCAUAUCUUACAACAGUUUCAUGCAACUUUCCGUCAUCGUCUCCGGCGGACUUACAACAUUUAAGCAACAGAAUAUGGCGGCGCACUCAAGACAAUUGAGCGUAGAUUUCAAGAGCCGGGUAAUCACCUGCCUGAACCGGUUAGCGGACCGGGACACCCUCCCGGCCGCGUCGAAUGAGCUCGACGUCAUCGCUCGAGGCCUGUCGAAUGACGGAUUUGCCCCUUUCCUGACCUGCCUCUCCGCCACCGACUCCUCCCACAAGCCUGCCGUUCGCCGCCACUCUGUCCGCCUCAUCGCGGUGCUCUGCUCCGCUCACGGCGACGCUCUGUCUCCUCACGUCUCCAGGAUGCUCAACGCCGUCCUCCGCCGCAUCCGGGACCCGGACACCGCCGUCCGCUCCGCCUGCGUCGAGGCCGUUUCGUCAAUCGCCGCGCAGAUAACAUCGCCGCCGUUUUCCUCCGCCAUACUGAAGCCGAUCGCGGACUCAAUUUUCCGCGAGCAGGACCGCAACGCCCAGAUCGGCGCCGCGCUUUGCCUCGCCGCGGCGAUUGAAGCGGCUCCCGACCCCGAUCGGGCGGAGGUGGGGAAAUUGCUCCCGAAGAUUUACAGAUUGGCGAGAAACGAUUGCUUCAAAGCGAAACCGCCGCUGCUAUCGCUGAUGGGCAGCAUUGUGAGCGUCGGCGGCGCGUCGAACCGGAACGUGCUGCGUGGCUUGGUUUCGACGCUGAUUGAGUUUUUGAGCAGCGAAGAUUGGGCGGCGAGGAAGGCGGCGUCGGAGACUCUGGGGCGGUUGGCGGUGGCGGAGAGAGAUUUGGUGGCGGAGUUUAGGUCCUCUUGCAUAACCUCUUUAGAUACCAGAAGAUUCGACAAGGUGAAGGUGGUGAGGGAGGCUAUGAACCGAGCAUUGGAUUGGUGGAAGGAAGUUGCGUCAACUAAUUUAGACGCACGUGAUCCACAAGUCAAGCUUUCACCAAAAGUGUGUGGCAGUGGCGCCUCUUCCCCCACCCCAUCCAAAAGCACGAGUGAUACAACAUCCGGUCUCCAAACUCCCAAGCACAAACGCUCUUUCGCACGUAGCAAAUCUCUCGCUUUGUCUAAUUGCAACUCAUAUCCUGUCAAGUACGCCGCUGUAAAAUCAAAUGCCAGAAAGUCCUAUGGACCUAGUAUUGGGAGAUCUUUUGAUGAAUCAAAUAUAAAAGUACAUGAAAGACGACCCUUGUCAAACGCGGCUUGCCAAGAAACAGAGAGUGACAUUUUGUUGUCGAAUAUGGCAUGCCAUGACAAUGAGUCUGAUAGUUUGUCAAUUAAGAUGGCAUGUCAAGACACUGAGACUGACAUUUCGUCAAUAAAGAUGGCAUGCCAUGACACUAAGACUGACAUUUUGUCUCAAAACUUGGCAUGCCAAGACAAUGAGGCUAACAUUUCGUUGCUGAAUAUGGCAUGUCAAGACAAUGAGAUUGACAUUUUGUCACAAAAGUUGGCAUGCCAAGGUAGCGAGAGUGACAUUUCGUUGCUAAAAAAGGCAUGCCAUGACAAUGAGAGUGAAAGUUCGUUGUUAAAGAUGGAAUGCCAAGACACUGAGAGUGACGUCAGGUCGCUAAAAAUGACAUGCCAAGACAGCGAGAGUGAAAAUUUGUCGUUAAAGAUGGCAUGUCAAGACAAUGAGAGAAAGAGUUGCAUGAGUUCGGGAGGCCAUCCGGACGUUUUGAAUGAUAGGCAGAUCAAAAUUGACGAUUUGAGAACGAGAGAUUGUACAGAUUGGAUGGAUGAUAGUACGAGUGAAAGUGAGGAAGAAUGUGAUGGUCUAUUUUUGAUACAUAGACAACUUCAAGCGAUUGGGAGUCAACAAUCCAACUUAUUACAGUUUCUUGAGAGAUUCAUUGGGAAUUCUCAAAAGGGGAUGAGUUCAUUAGAGAAGCGGGUCAACGGACUGGAGAAGACCUUGGAGGAAAUGCAGCGGCAGCACUGUUUUGGGGCUCCGCCGGUGAUAAUGUCACCGCCGGCGACCACCGGAAAUACUUGUUGGUAGGCUCACAAUUCAUAUUACGGGUAAAUAAUUAAUAACACAUGAGGACAUGGGAGAUUCAUUCAAUGCUUCAAAUAUCACAUUUAUCUGUGUGUUUGUUCAUAUACGACUAGACUAGAAACCACAUGCCCAAUGUGAUCCCAACACAGGCAACCUUGGCCUUGUAAAAUAUAUUUUCCAAGAUUUG